AUGGCAGCACCACCAUCUGAACUCCGAUCUAUUACUGCUACGCCUGUGAUACCGAUCGCUAAUCGCGACGAGACCGUCGCUCUGCAGAUUAAAGUUAAUACUGAAGUGUGGAAUGCCGCGAAUCCCGCUGACAAGCUGGACGGGGCCCAUGGAAGCUUCAGGCCAAUUGGACUGAAGCUGAAAAAGGCAGCUGUCCUGGGCAUCGAAGGGGAAGCUAACUAUCCACAAACUUGGCCUGCUUUUACACAGACCAAGUGUCUGAUCAUCGGCAGCAUUAAAGAUGCUAAAUCUGUUCAGGUCGAUAUCUUGAAAGGGGUCUGGGAGGAAACAAAGCUCGCAGACCCAGCGCCGCGCCAAGCACAAAUACUCAAGGCUGGCUUCAAAACCAAUCUUGAGGUUAUAAAUCCACUUGGAUCGGGUGAUGACGCUCCAAGCAUACCAUGGGGCUUCUCCGGGGAUGUUGAAUGGCGAAUUGAGACGCAAACGGGACCAAAACAGACCCUCCUUGUGAAAGACAAAUCGCGACUCGAAAUCUACCAUCUGGCAGGAAUAGCAGUAGGUGGACCAACAGAAACCUUCGACCCCCAGGCCACACUGCCAAACCUACAGGGCAAAUGGCCAGUCAAUUUACUCCGUAUUUUCAUGCCCAAUCCGACCGACAUUAUCGAUAAAGCGGCCGAAAUCAAUGCCAACAAAUUGUCAUGGUGGGCGAAGCUCGCCAUUGGAAAACUCUCUGCAAUGAAAGUCUUGUACGACACAGCGGAAGGGAGAUCCAGCUUCGGCAUCAGCUUUUUCGGUGGUAGUCUCGAUGUCAAUCAUUUCCAUGACAGUUUGGAAUUGACUUUGAACUCCUUUGAUUUGACAUGUAUGCUUGAAGCGGCGUUCCAAAUACUCCUGUCUACUUAUCCCGCAGGGACAGCCCCCACGGUUAAUUGGGUUGGGCUGACAUCAUGCGGGGCAAUUGCUGAUAAGACAAGCUAUUCAAUGGUGCCAAUGGGAUGGGAAAGCGACACAGCAGUUAGUCAAGGACUUUCCACCCCGUUCUUCAAAGGCACACUGGGUCCAGACGAACAAGAUGGUUGGCUAGCAACGAAUGCAUGGCUAGAGAUCAAGACAGGUGUACCCGAAGAAGCUUACGUUGUCCAAGCGGCAUUCAGUGUCAAGGAAAAGAACGAAGCUCAAGCACGUCCAGAUACCGCAGACAUCAAACGAAUUGAGUUCCUCAAAAGACACUUCAAGGAUAGCGACAGGCUAAGUCAGAACACCGGGCACUUCUUCGACUGGAACAACACUACUGUCGUCCCACAAGCAGAUGCGGUUGGAAAUAGUUUGAGUCAAAAGGUAGGCCUUUUCAAUCUCAGAGGUGUGAAUGAGCCGUGGCCAUGGAACUUUCCAUCUACGGGGCCAAAGCCGCCGCCAGUGCCUCUGGUAGAGCCACUCAAACUUGAAAUCAACAAAAUACUCAAUGCCCAGGGAACGAAAAACAACGCAAGUACCGCGAAGAAUCUUAAUAUAAUCAACUCCAGUUCUCUACACCCUUCACAAAUUUAUCCGCGUCUCAAGUUCAAAACGCUCUACAAAGGGGACACGGACUAUUUCCGUCUUGUGGUGGCUCGUGGAGUAUCUGUUGCAACUUACGUUGUGCCCUUGAAUGGUGUCCCUAAUACGAAUGCCAGAGUCAAAAUAUCAACGUUUGAGACCUUUUCCAACGCUUUUGAUGGUCUGAUCAACGAGCUAGCCGGGUUUGAGAGCAAUCUUGGGAAGCUCAUUGUCCCCAACGAUCCAACAAAGCAAUAUGGCAAUUACAUGGUCCACACAAAGCGUAGCCUAAUAUUUGUGCGCAACAAUCUCCUUGUCGACUUCACAAUCCUGGGUACUGCCAGUUAUGGGAAUCAGGCUGCCACAGCUGCCCUGCUCCCGUUGGCUGAGUCGCUUGAUUCCUAUCUUACAGCGAGCACCGUUUCCCUCGCUCAGCUGCGCAAGGCUGCUUUCAUUAUUACCGACCCCCCACUACCACCAAAUGGGCAACCACCCACUACCCAAGUCAUAAUUGACACGCCUUUCCAGGUCACCCUGGCUAACGCGAGCAUGCUAGCAGAGGAGUUAGGCGUCUUUGUCUAUUCGGGGCAGAGUAACGUCGCGCAACCCAUCAUAUUCACCUCUGCGGGGCCCCUCGUCUCUGAUGCGGCUCUUAACACGUCUACUCGUGUUCUCGAGUUUCUUCCCGUACAGAAGCAAGCCGCCAUGUCAGGUCAGCCUGUCGAUAUUGCAGUGUCGGGUGCGCACUACGAUACUUUCUACCCAGUCACACAGCUCACCCAGGUGGCCCUUCAGUAA